CCUGAGUUCCUGACUCGAAGCUUUACUCUUUACUCCUUGUUCUCUUUAACCAAGAAGGAAACCAGAGCUCUGAAUUAACAUCAAUGGCUCCAGCUGCGCAGGAAGUUCUGCCUCCUACUCUGGCUCCUACUUCGGAGCCCCCCACUCUCUUCGAUGGAACAACAAGGUUAUACACAGCUUAUGUAUGCCCAUAUGCCCAACGUGUUUGGAUUGCUCGGAAUUUUAAGGGUUUGCAGGACAAGAUAAAGUUGGUUCCUGUUGAUCUGGAUAAUAGGCCUACCUGGUACAAGGAGAAAGUCUAUCCCCAAAACAAGGUUCCUUCGCUGGAGCACAAUAAUGAAAUCAGAGGGGAGAGUCUUGAUUUGGUUAAAUACAUUGAUAGCCACUUUGAAGGGCCGGCCCUUCUUCCUGAUGAUCCUGCAAAGAAAAAGUUUGCAGAAGAAUUGCUAUCCUACUCAGACACCUUUGUUGGAACUGUGUAUGGUUCAGUUAAAGCAAACCCUAACGCUGAUGUUGGUGCUGUUUUUGAUUACGUGGAAACAGCUCUUUCCAAAUUUGAUGAUGGGCCUUUUUUCCUUGGCCAGUUCAGUGAGGUGGAUAUAGCCUAUGCUCCGUUUAUCGAAAGAUUUGAACCUUUACUACUGGACUUGAAGAAUUAUGACAUCACCACUGGCAGGCCAAAGCUAGCAGCAUGGAUUGAGGAGGUGAACAAGAUCGAGGCCUACAAACAAACCAAAGUUGAUCCACAGAUGCUGCUUGCACGCCUGAAAAGAAAGCUUCUUGGUAAGUGAGCAUAUGUGGUCUAAGGUCUCCCUUAAGUCUCUCCAGCAUCUUCUCCACUAUUUAGGUCAUGUUAUCAGUAUAUAUGGGAAUAAAGUGGAUAAUCUGAGUGUAUGCAUGAGAGUAAAUAACAUAAAUAGAAUGUAACCUCUGCCUAGGGUGAUGGGAGAAAUAUAGAAUGUAUUGUUUGAA